CAAGAAAAUGGACCUAACAAGCCUUCCCUUACGGCCAUUGUCGUUAAAAAAUGGAGGACGAAAUCAUCCACCUCCUGCCACGACCGUUGCUUCCCAAUCACGCCACCUUGCAAAAUAAUUGCUUAUUUUAAUCACGCUUCCCAAUAAUUUUUACUCACUUUUGCGUGUACUCAUUCAACGCCCCGCCCAGAAAAUAAUUUCUGUCGGUAAAGAACAGUAUUACUCUCAGAUUUGACAUUCUUGCUGUAAUUCUUGUCUUAAAAGGGAAAUUUUCGCCGCCCAGAAAAUAUAUAGGAAUAAUAAGAAAAGGGCAGUUAUUUUUCGUUUCAAAUGGUCCAUGUACGUAUCGGGAUUUUCGGAGAUUGAUUUUUAAUCAGAAGAAUGCCACCGGCGUCGACGGCUCGUAGCUCGGCUUAUCUCACGGCUCUCACUCAAGAAAUUGAGAAGAAGCUUCAACGUGCAUUAGCUUCGUCAUCGCAGAGGCGCAAUUUGUUGCAGGAGUUAUUCGCGGAUAUAGCUCUGGAAGUUGAUGAUCGUGCAAGAGAGAUCAUAUUUGGUGGGGAAGAUACAAUCUCUGUGGCAGAGGAUGCGAAUCAGAGCCCAAUAUGCUUCUACAACGUGCUUGCCGAUCAUUUUGUUCAAACGCCACAGAUUGUAAAAUCAAUUCUUGAUCUGAUUGUGCAACUUUGGAGCCAGUUAUUUGCAUCUAAUAUAUUUUCCCUCUUGUUCCACAAGUGGUUAUUCGAAGUUCAGCUUGAUAACCCUGAAGCCCUCCUUCGUUACUCCUCUGCUCUCGUCCAAGGUGCUAGGAAUGUCUUCUGGAUUGACAUCCAAACAAAUGCAAGGCGUUUCCAGAGUCUCUUUCAGUAUCUUCUAGGAGAUGUUGCUCUAGUUUCUGAGCGAUUAAAGAAGAUCCCCCUACAGGCUCAGCAAGACCUGUUUCUUCUUCUCUCAAGUUUCAUGUUUUUCUAUAACUCAGUUGACGAACUUGAAAGCUUUUUAAAGCAAUUUCCUGAUUAUCCAAAUGCUUUCUUGAUUGGGGGUCCAGAAGACUUUUUUGUUACUGAAUUAGCUGAUCAGAUUCAAAAAUUGAAGGUGGAGCCGGUGCUUUUGCAUUAUCUUUCACAAAUUAAAGCACUCCAGGGCCUAGAACUUAGAAUGACAACAAGUACAAGACUGAAAACAUGUCUGUAUAGCUUCACGUCUCCAGGUGGCCCAAUGUAUCCAACAAGAGCUGUUCGCCAUGCAGCAUGGGAAGCGUUAGAUUUUCUAUUUCCCGUUGGGAGAUAUCCUCGGCAUCUUAUAAGUCUCUUCUUCAGAUUGCUUUAUCCGUGGUACUGGCCCUCGUCUUGUUGGAACUUUGUACUGUCUUGUUUACAAGCUGUACUGUAUUCUCUGUUUGGAUUCAUUUUUUCUGGUUUGGAGAAAUUGAGAAAACCGAAGCACUCGUAGACUUCACGUGUUGUACGGUAUUGUUAGGAAAUCUGUGCAAGAGAUUUUUAUCUUUUGUUAACAUGAUUUGGUUUGUAACUGUUGUAUUCCGUACAGAAUGUUCUUGUAUUAGUGGAGUAAAAAAUGCUGAAGUUGUGCUUCGAACUUUUGAAUUGGAGUCGGGUUUUCUAAUCUAAACCUCCUGAAUGCCUCUCAUUUGCUAUUUGGGGAACACUUGUACGUGUUUGGUAAGUUGAAUUAGAUGGUAAUGAACAAUAAUAAAUAUGAAAAUAAAGUUCAAGUCC